AGCGCAUCGCUCGUGUGUUGACCGGCCACGCUUUCCGGUUCCGUUCUCACGAAGCCAUCAUGGCGCCCAAGAAGGAUGCGAAGUCGGCUUCUUCAAAACAGCCCCAGAAGACACAAAAGAAGAAGGAAGGAGGAAGUUCUGGUGGAAAGGCCAAGAAGAAGAAGUGGUCCAAGGGAAAGGUCCGUGACAAGUUGAACAACCAGGUGCUUUUCGACAAGCCCACCUACGAAAAGCUUCUCAAGGAAGUGCCCUCAUACAAGCUGAUCACCCCCUCUGUUGUAAGCGAACGUCUCAAGGUCCGAGGCUCUCUUGCCAGGAAGGCCCUCGAGGAACUUCUGCAGAAGGGACUGAUUAAGCAAGUUGUUAAGCACCACGCUCAGAUCAUCUACACAAGAGCAACCAAGGGUGAAGACCAGCCUGCGUAACCUUUCCAUCUUAAUUUUAAGUUGACUUCCUGUGAAAAAUGCGGAGACGAUAAAAAUUGAAAAUCGAA